AUGAUCAGGAUCUUCCCGGAUUUCAGCGUCCAGGUGACGGCCUCGGCGGCCGGAGGACCGGGCGGCGGCGGCGGGAUGGGGACCGGACCCCCGGUGGGUCGGCUGCCGGGCCCGGGAGCCUCGAACGGGAGCCCGCAGGGGGUCCAGGGUCUCACCGGCUACCAGCAAAGUGACCCCUACUGGGAGCGGCCAGCUAAUGCAGGCAGCUGCUCCGCCGCCCGGCCCAAGACGCUUCACCUGGCCGGCCAGCAGCAUACCUCCUCGCCAUGGCUGCAGGCUCUGAGGAAGGAGAAGUCACGUGACGCCGCGCGGUCGCGGCGGGGGAAAGAAAACUUUGAGUUCUACGAACUGGCCAAGAUGCUGCCGCUGCCGGGCGCCAUCACCAGCCAGCUGGACAAGGCCUCCAUCAUCCGCCUCACCAUCAGCUACCUGAAGAUGAGGGACUUCGCCAACCAGGGCGACCCGCCGUGGAACCUGCGCCGGGAGGGGCCGCCGCCCAACACCUCCGUCAAAGCUAUCGGUUCCCAGCGGAGGAGGAAUCCCAGCGUGGUCGCCUCGGACAUCUUCGAACCUCACCUGGGCAGCCACAUAUUACAGUCUCUGGACGGGUUCGUGUUCGCUGUGAACAAGGAGGGACGCUUCCUGUACAUCUCUGAGACCGUCUCCAUCUACCUGGGCCUGUCUCAGGUGGAGCUCACGGGCAGCAGCUCCUUCGACUACAUCCACCCUGGAGCAGUGGAGAUGGCUGAGCAGCUGGGCAUGAAGCUCCCCCCCGGCCGGGGGCUGUCCCUGUCCCAGGGGGCGGUCCCCGAGGACGGAGGGUCCUCGGCCUCGUCCUCCUCCCACUCCGAGACCCCGGAGCCAGUGGAGUCCAGCAGUCCCAGUCUCUUGGCCCCUGAUAACGUUCUGGAACGUUCCUUCUUCAUCCGGAUGAAGUCGACGCUCACGAAGAGAGGAGUUCACAUCAAGUCCUCGGGAUUCAAGGUGAUCCACGUCACCGGGCGUCUGCGCAUCAGGAUGACGCUGACGCACAGCCGCUCGGUGCCCAUCCAGAUCAUCGGGAUGGUGGUGGUCGCUCACGCGCUGCCGCCGCCCACGAUCAACGAGGUUCGCAUCGACUGCCAAAUGUUCGUCACCCGAGUGAACAUGGACCUGAAGAUCGUCUACUGUGAGAACAGAAUCAACGACUACAUGGACCUGACCCCUGUGGACAUUGUGGGGAAACGGUGCUACCAGUUCAUUCAUGCUGAGGACGUGGAGGGAAUCAGACAGUGUCACCUGGACUUGAUGAAUAAGGGUCAGUGUGUGACAAAGUACUACCGAUGGAUCCAGAAGAACACCGGCUACAUCUGGAUCCAGUCCAGCGCCACCAUCGCGAUCAACGCCAAGAACGCCAACGACAAGAACGUCAUCUGGGUCAACUACGUCCUCAGUAACCACGAGUAUAAAGACACGCCCAUCGACAUCGCACAGCUGCCCAACCUGCCCGAGAAAACCUCGGAAUCCUCGGAAACCUCCGACUCUGAGUCCGAGUCCAAAGAAAACUCAGACAAUGAAAACACCAAGUCUGAGGGGAAGCUCGGCCACCAGGCCCAACGCAGCGAGGAGCCGGAGAGCGCCAGCAAGCGCCAGCAGCAGCCCGGCCAAUCACACUGCUCCUCUGAACAGGACAGGAAACGUCAGGAAGAAGGAGACAGUUCCAGUAACCAUGAGAGCCAAGACAGCGAUGACAGCCUGGAACCUUCAGAUGGAGAAGCAGAGGAGCAGGAGGGUAAUCUGGGUGGACUUCAUAUUAAAGUAGAGCACUACGGAGACGGGGAAGAACUGCAGCUGCACAACUCGCAGACUUCUUCUGAGGAGGAGGAAGAGGAAGAUGAGGAUGAGGAGGAGGAUGAGGAGGAAGAAGACGGAGGAAUGCAAACCUGCGACAGCGCCGACGUUGGAAACAAGCUCCAGAAGCGGCGGAAGAGGAGGAAAGUGCAGAAAUGGGACGGAUCACAAAGUAAGAGAAUCCGUCUGUCCUCCCCCUUGCCCAGCCCGGUCGCCAUGGGAGACGCCACACCGCUGGCUGACUCCUCCCAGGCCACGCCCACCAGCUCCUCCCACCUCCUCAGCUCCUCUGGCUCCCCAAACAGCGCCGGGGGGACGUCCUCGGUCCUGAAGAUCAAGACGGAGAUGGCCGAGCCAAUCAACUUCGACAACGACAGCAGCAUCUGGAACUACCCCCCCAACAGAGAGAUCUCCAGGAACGAGUCUCCGUACAGCAUGACCUCCAAACCGGCUCCAGGAUCCCACGAGACCUUCCCCUCGCCACAGGGGGGCGCUCUCCAGGUGUCCGUCCCUGACUCCGUCCUCACCCCUCCUGGGACUGAAGGAGGAGCCGGAGGAGGGAGGAGGAGCAACGGGAGCUCUGCUCCGUCCUCUGCUUCCAGUGCUGCGAGUUUAGCCCCUCCCUCAAGCGCCUCCUCCGCUGACCCGUUGUCACCCCCUCUCUCCGCCUCUCCACGGGACAAGCAACAAGGCACGCCCACCACCUCUUCUUCUUCCUCCUCCUCAUCUUCCUCCUCCUCUUCCUCGUCAGCCUCUUCACUGUUGUACUCGGGCGACCUCGAGGCUCUGCAGCGUCUGCAGGCCGGUAACGUCGUGCUCCCAUUGGUCCACAGGGUCACAGGGUCACUGGCGCCAACCAGCACGCCGGCUCCACGGGUUUACACCACCGGGACCAUCAGGUACGCCCCAGCGGACGUCACCCUGGCCAUGGCACAAGGGAACCUCCUUCCCAACGCCGCCAUGAGCUUUGUAGACAGCUCGGGGUUCGGCCUGGACCCGAAGACGCCCAUGGAGAUGCUCUACCACCACGUCCACCGGCUCAACAUGUCGGCAGCAGCAGCCGCCGGCCCGUUUGUGGGAUCGCCGUCGGUAACGGGAGGGAACGGCGCCCUGGGAGGCCAGAUGCCGACGGCAGCCAACGUGUUCACCACAGCAGAGGGACUGUUCUCCACGCUACCGUUCCCGGUGUACAGCAACGGGAUCCACGCCACACAGACAAGUCUGGAGAGGAAGGAGGAUUAA